AAUUCAUCAAAAGGAUUUUGAAUCUCUUAGAUUAUCUAGCUCUACCUCCAAUUUUUGUAACAUGGACUCGAUUCAGUUGGAAGACUGCCUGCUAUGAUGGGGAAGAAUUAAUGAUUUGGACUGCCAGCUAUAUAUAGUAUUUUCUUUCCUUUUUUCCCCCCAAAAGGAGGCCUCUACAUCAUUCUGAUGCACACAACCAGCUAUAUAUAUAACUGCAUGCAUGUUGUCAUUAUCCACAUGCCCAGCCCAGAAAAAGAAGUUCAGUUACCAAUCUGAUCAUCAUAUUUGGACUAUACGUACACAGAGCAUGAAGCUGAAGAGGCACAUCGACGCGACCCUCGGCAGCGGUAACCUGCGAGAGGUGGUCCGCCUGCCAGUCGGAGAGGAUCUCAACGAGUGGCUCGCUGUCAACACUGUCGACUUCUUCAACCAAGUGAGCCUCCUGUACGGCACCCUCAUGGAGUUCUGCACGCCAGCUACCUGCCCCACCAUGUCAGCCGGUCCAAAGUAUGAGUACAGGUGGGCUGAUGGACUCAAGAUCAAGAGGCCUAUUGAAGUGUCUGCACCAAAGUACGUCGAGUACCUGAUGGACUGGAUCGAAGCCCAGCUCGACGAAGAAUCCAUCUUCCCUCAAAAGCUUGGGGCUCCCUUCCCUCCAAACUUCCGGGACGUCGCCAAGACCAUCUUCAAGCGUCUGUUCAGGGUGUAUGCCCACAUAUACCACUCGCAUUUCCAGAUGAUUCUCAAGCUCCAGGAAGAAGCACAUCUCAACACCUGCUUCAAGCACUUUGUGCUCUUCACAACGGAAUUUCAGUUAAUCGAUAGGUCAGAGCUGGCUCCUCUGAGCGAACUGAUCGAACCCAUAUGGCGUGGACACUAGCCGAGAGAAAUAAUUGGCGCUUUCUCCAACAAGAACUGAUGAGGCAACAAUGCAGAUACAUCAUGUUUGUUGCUUUUUUAGCUAGUUUCCCAACCUUGUGCAUGCGCACCUUCAUCUAUAUUUUUGUGAUGAUGUUGGACUUGGAUGCAUUACCCAUUUUGGAAAUAGGUUAGCUAGUGCUCGCGCAUGUGCAUCAUCGCAGUUUGUUCGUUUCAUCAACAGAUUAUUAUCGGUUCAUCCCGGAAA